GUGGAAGAGUGGAACACCCCUGAGUGGAUUUUAGGACGUAUUUGCUGUGGUCAGGUUUUAAUUUAAUAUAAUGGCAAGAAUAACAGCAGUGAAAGAGUCUUUGGACAAAGCCUUACAUGACGAAAGUAAAUUCUGGGUAAAGUAUUUUGUAAAAGUGGAAAAACAGACAGGGGUCAACCGGACUUACGUGUUUUUAGGCUCUGUCGUGGUGUUAGGAAUUUAUUUAGUUUUUGGUAUUGGCCAACAACUAGUCUGCAACAUCUUUGGAUUUCUCUAUCCUGCUUAUUGUUCUAUGAAAGCUUUAGAGAGUUCAAAGAAGGAUGAUGACACAAAAUGGUUAACAUAUUGGGUCGUGUUUGCAUUAUUCACAAUUGUUGAAUUUUUCUCAGAUUAUAUUCUGUGCUGGUUUCCAGUUUAUUGGGUUUUUAAGUGUCUCUUUUAUAUGUGGCUGAUGGCACCUAUGGAAAAUAAUGGCUCGAUGAUUUUGUAUCGCAAUAUUGUCAAACCAUCAUUUUUACGAUAUCAUCACAAAGUUGACCAGUUUAUUUCAAAUGCUCAAGAUGCAGUAGUCAAAGCUGCAGGAAGUGCUCUGUUGACAGAGAAGCAAGAUUAAUAAAAUGUUUUACAAAAUUGUAAUUAAUGUAAUUAUUUAAAUAAAAAUAUUUCU